AUGGAGUCGAUACUUCGCAAGGAGCUCAAGCAGUGGCAGCGCCAGUUCCGCGCAAAGCACGGCAGGGAGCCCACCAAGCGCGAUAUCCUCCGCCACCCCGAGAUCGCUUCCACCUACGACACUUGGAACGCCAUCUCGGCGGAGGGCGGCGCCUCAAAACCCAAGCCAUCGAGGUCCUCUUCGGCCUGCGACGGCCACGCCAGCAGCAGCACCGCCCACACCGACAAUGCCCGCGCUCGCAAAGACCACGCACAUCACAGGAGAGAUCAUCCACCCGCCCCGGAACCCAAGAGGAGAAGGGACGACACCGCAUCGACCUCCUCGGCCGCCAGCGGAACGCAGCCAGAUGCUGCCAUUUUCAAGACCCCGACCAAACCACGACGCAGCUCCGACACCCACCCUUCUAAUGCAUCGUCGACGCCAACCCACGGCAACCCCUUCAGAACACCCAGCCGCUCCGAUGAUCGACACAGUCGCGCCUCUUCGUCCACACUCACACCGCAGGCACAGCGCACGGUCGAGACAGGCGGUCGCCAGCACCCACCACCAUCGCCGACCGGCUCCAUCAUCGACGUCCAGAUGACGCCCACCAAAGCCUCCCCGAGCGGCACCACCGGGGAUCGUUACGACUAUGCGGCAUCGCCCUCGAAGCUGCGCAUGCUCGUGGCUUCGCACUCGACACGCUCGCCCAUCAACGAUCGCGGCACCGGCAGCGGGGCGAACAUCGCAGACCGCACCGAGCUGAUCACCUAUACGCCUCGGACCAAGGCGAGGAAGCGGCUGCGGGGCGAAGAGGUACCACCGACGCCGAAGCAGCACGAGGGCGGGAAGGCGGUCAAACGGGGCACCGGUGCAGUCUUUGCAGCCUUUUUGGCCUCAAAGGACAGCGAAGGCGACGGAAGCAUGGCCGUCAGCUGGGCCCAAGACAGCGACAAGAGGAAACCUCUGGGCAGGGGGAACGCGGUCGGUGGCUUGGCUGCAUACGGCUUCGGGUCCUUGGGGAAGCCGUCUGCUUCAAAGCAAGGCAAGUUCGGGCCUACUGGUCAGAAGAGCAAGAGCCUUGGCUCCGCGCUGGGCGUCGGCAUCACAUCGCUCUUGAAGCCCGGGCAGCGGGCGGCUAAUGGCGUCCCAAGGACCGCCGAGGCUGUCGGAACCGGACCUCGUGUGUCCGAUGAUGAGGAUGACGACGACGAUGAUGAUGAGGAAGAAUUCCCGUCCUCGCCCAGCAAGGCUGUUCGGAUCGGCAAAGAGCUGUCCAGGGGGACGUCGCAGGCCCAAUCGCUACCACGGAGCGCAAGCGGGGGUUCUCGCUCCUUUCAGCCGCUCUUUGCGUCGCCGUUUGGUAACCACGCACCCGUCAAGCUACCUAAGGAGAUGCUGGGCACGCCACCGUCUAGCCUCGUGGCUGGGCCUAACACCGCCGGCGGGGGACUUUUUGCGGCAGAGCUCGCGGCCCGCAGCCGAUCAGGCCAGGCCUCGCUGUCGCCGCCCGGGGCCACUAGGUCGAUGCCAGGACAUUCGUCGUCCCCCGAGGCGGACCACGCACCAUCGAGUUCGGCGCUGCGGGUGGGCAGAGGCGGGCGCACCUCAUCUCCGGCGACAGGGAUCACGACACCGAGCCCUGCUGGCGGAGCAGACGACGAACACCUGCUCGAUGCAGAGCGCGCCACCGAGGCGGACCGGCACUCGCACCAGCCAUCGUGGAAGGUGUCGACCAUUGAACUCUCGGACGACGAAGGCGAGUCGAUGGCGGGUGCUGGCGGGCACCGUCAGGCCAAGACCAUCACCGUGCUUCCUUAUCAGCGCUACGGAUCCUUGCGAAACAAGGCGGCCAGCCUGAGUCGCACCACGUCGCGCCUCGGUCAGGAAGCCGCAGCGGACACCGGCGGUCGCGGAUCUGGGCCUGGACCAGGCGCUGAGAACGAUCGCGCAGCCAACAUCGUCGGCGAGAGCGGGGACAAUGACGACGUUGAAGACGAUGGCGAUGACGACGACGACGACCUCUUUGGCUACGCAAUCCAUCACUCGCCGCACAAGGAUCGACCCAUCGCACAGUUUGGCGACACAACCGGCGUUGCCAGCUAUGUUGCAGCAACAGACGAAAGCGCCAUCAACUCGAGCAGCGACUCGGAGGCGUCGGACCCGAUCCAGAGGCUGUUGCUCUCGACGCUUUCCCUCCAUUCGCCGGGCGGACGAGUCCGACGACGGCAGCGGCGUGAUGCUGCCUCGAGCUCCGGCUCAUCGCUUCCGAUCCAAGCCCGCGCCCUCCUCAGGGCACAGCGGCUCAACGAUGCACGGCACAUCGAGGCGCUUCUAGGCGCGGGGCGCGACGAGCUAGAGAUGCUCCGCGUCGAGGACGAGAUGCGCGAGGAGGAGGAGGCCGCCGCCGCUGCCGCCGGCAACGGCAAGAAGGCGGCCAAGAACUGGGGCGAGGCCAAGAGCCGCGCCAUGCCCGAAGGCGGGGCCAAGGGCAAGGGUCGCGGCCGACCCAAGAAAGAGGAGGCGGCCAGCCAGUCGGCCUCGGGGGCGGGGGCAGCACCGCAGAAGCCGAGCCUGGCUUUCUCUAGGGCGGGGCGGAGUGGCCUGGCGGACGACGAGGAGGCGGACGCGGACCGGCUCGCGGACCGCGUGCUGCGCAACCACUUUGGCGCGAGCGACGACGAGGAAGACGACGAGGGGCGCGACCGUGCAGCGGCAAGGACGAUGCAUGCAGGCGGCGGCGGCUACUUGGGUGGUGUCGACAGCGACGAGGACUGGAUGAGCGAGGUGGAAAGCGACGAGUACGGCCUAGGCGAUGGGCGGAUGGAUGAGCUCGACGUCAUCUAG